GAGGCGCCUGUCCCGCUCCCGCCGCGCCUGCGCCGUGCGAAGAAGAAUGCCCAAAGUUUGGAGCGCCCCGUGUUCGGCUACCCCUGACCGCGCGCCGUUCUCAUGGCAACCGAGCUCGAGCGAUAAACACUCCGGCGGGAGCCUAUGAGAGGGAAGUUCCUCGGCACGCGCAGCUCAGCAGGAGGCGGCGGCCGCUUCCCCCCCCUUUUUAGCGCCUGGGAGAGGAGACACCUGCGCGCAUUCCCUUCGGCAGCAGCGGAGCGGGAGGUUCGCUUCCCGCGGAGGAGCCGCCCCGGGAGGAGACCCGUUUCUUUGCCUCGGGCCCGGUGUGGGGAGUGGGGUCCCGCCGCGCAAAUGGGGUGCUCCAGCAGCGCUCAAACCCAGGUCAAGGACUGCAGCCGACCGGCUCCCAUGUCUCCGGACGCCAACGGGCUGCUGAAAUGCGAGGACAACUUGCCCAUCGCAGUCGAAAAUGAAAGCGUUUCUGAUCAGACCAAACUUGGGGCAAUGGAAGAAGUGGAGCUGGGCUCGGAUGGAGCAAAACUAAGCAAGGGUGUUGCUGAAGAGGAAGCAGAUGUUUUGAUCCCUGGAAUGACCAACUGUGCCCUUUCUACCUGUCAAAGAGUCGACCCCGAAGGCACAGAGCCUCAACCAGUGGCGCCGGAAGAGAAGUUCAGCAACAGUUUGCCUGUCGCCCUUUUAGAAGCCGGUGAGCCUCGACCUGCGAAACCAGCCGAAGAGGUUGGUGAGCCUCAAGCUGCCACAGAAACUGCCAACACUUUGCCUCUGGAAACCAUAGAGGACAGUCAGCUUGAUCCUGUUGAAUCAGCAGAGACAGACACAGCUGAGCCUGCAACUGAUGAAAUUGUUAGGAGUCUUGUAACGGAAAUUGUGAAGGAGCUGCAAGUGGAUGAAGAACAACAGACUGAGGGUGAGACAGGAGAAAAGGAGGAAACUGAGAUGCACCGUGUUGCAGUAAGUGAGGGCUUUGAAACAAAAGAAGAAGAAAUGGGAGAAGCUACGGCAGCAACAGAGAUAGAAGCUACAAAUAAUGAAGAGUGACUUGUGGCUUCUGCCUGGACUUCAUCUUUGGCUGCUCAAAUAAUAUUAGCACUGUGAGUUUUGGUAUAAUCUGGUUUUUUAUAGAAGCUUGUAUGGACUUGUCACUUCUGAGCACUAGGGGAGAAACCAUUUUAAUGAUUUUAUUUUGGGAAGUCAAGUUGCCAAGACACUGAAGAAUUGCAAUGUGUUGACCUUUCAUGUUUGCCAUAGAGUGCCUUCUGUAAACUUCCAUUUAAGUGAAAUCAUGUGUUGCAAAUCAAGAACUUCAUCUACUGUAUUUCAGUUUAAAAAAAUUAAUUGCUAGGGCAAACUGUAUUGACACCAUGAAUUGUAGAACUGGGUGCAUGGAGAUUCUCCAAGCACUAGAUAUGAAAGGGUCUGAGGAUUCUUAGGUUCUAGUAAUAAUGUUGCAGCCAUGAGGAUUUUUAACUCUACCAGUACAACUCUUAAGUGAAUUUUGUUACCGAAAACAAGUAUGGAUAUUGAAACUUAAUACUGCUGCUUUGGUUCAAUCUGGAAAGAUGCAUCAAUUCAUGUCUUAUUUUUUAAAACUAAUGAAAGUAGUCACUGCAAUCCAGCACUCAGGGGAUGAGAGCUAGCAUGUAAUUAUGGCACUUUGAAAGCACAGGAUAACGGUUGUCACCUGUUGACAAAACAAGCAAUUCUGUACACUCUAGUAAGAAACUACUGAUUAGCACAACAGCAACAUACACUGUUACUGUAUUGUGGUGGUAGCACUUGUGUUAAAAUGAAAAUGUUAAAUUUUAAAUCUGUAAAAUUCUAAUCAAUUCCUGAAAACACAUGUUAAAGUAAAAGUAUAAACCAAAUGAAUUGCUGCCUCUAGUGUGCAAUUAUGUGUACUUCUAGAACACUUUAUAAAUCCCCCCAAGUGUAUAUGAAUUCUAUUUGUCUUUAUAAACCUGUUAUUUGAUAGCAAUUAUGAAAAGUGAACCCUUCAGCCUUUUCAAAGAGAAACCUUGAAGUGCAAAUCUUAUAGCUGAGCAGGAGAAAAUAAUUUCACAUAAAAAGCAAGAACUUUGCAGACGUUUAGUGUGAUUCUAUUGGUUGCAUAUUUUUGAGAAGUUGGGUAAACUUGAGCAGAGCUGAUCUUCACCCACCUUAUGUCUGAACCAGGAAACCUUUGUUUUAUGUCGGGGUAUACUUGAUAAUGGCUGGGAUUUGUGCCUCAUGUAGUCUAUAAAAUGGUAAUCUUAAACACUGAAAUAAAGCAUUUAUGAAAAAUCUGCAUGAAAACUGAUUCUCUGUUCUAAUAUCUAUAGGCUUCUGUAUUGUGCGUUUCACAUCUUUAUCUUUGGAAACUAAAACCACUUGCAAUACAUUUUCUUUGGGAAGAAACAUUGUAACUUGCAUACUAUCAGUGUCCAUGACUUGAUGGAUAACUUAUUUUUCUGAGGUAUUUGCAUGGUAAGUACUGCUGGUCCUAUACUAGGAUGCUCCUGAAACUCCAGCAGAGUUUGCAAUCAGUAUCACUUUUAUUGGUUUGGGAAGUAGUCUGCUCUGUGUACUUGUUCUGCACCACGGAAUAGCAAUUGACAAUCUUUACUCCUUUAAUCUAGGUGGGUAAUCAAUCAUGUUUCCUGGAAGGAAGGAAUAGGUGCAUAUAAGGGUUUGAAGGUACCCAUUAAUUGGGCUGCCUAUUUGCCUCAGGUGAGAUACAAGUCCAAGGCAAGGAUUCCUACAGAGGAGUCAUUUACCCCACACCUUGGAGGCAAAGCAAGUUCACCCUGUCUUGGGAGGCCUGUUAAGGGGCUUUUUUAGAUGGCAGUUUUUUGUAACAUACCAUUAGCUUUUGAAAAUGCUGAACAGUGUAGUGCUGUGACAGAUAAUUCUAUCCUUCUACUCAGGCAAUACUUCUAU